UUGUUAUUAGAAGGAAAUGAAGAGAAUAAAAGACAAGGAGACAAACCAUUUGAGGAUUUAUCUUUAUUUUCAUUUAAAAAUAAUGAACAGUGUUAUGAUAAUAUAAAAAUGCAGCAAGCCAUUUUGAAUUCAUCUUAUGAAAAAAAUGUAAAAAAUAUAGUUAAGGUAGUAUAUCAUGAAGAUUGUAAAUUGUUAUAUGAAAAUACAGAUAUACACGUUGAACUUCCGUCUAUAGUAUAUGAUAGAAAUAGGAACAAAAAUAAUGAUGUCGUAAAUAAAUGGGAUAAAAAAAAAGAUGAUGAUUAUACAAAUAAAUGUAAUCAAUAUAAUGAUGAUGAUUAUACAAAUAAAUGUAAUCAAUAUAAUGACGAUGAUUAUACGAAUAAAUGUAAUCAAUAUAAUGAUGUUAGAAAAAUUACAAAUUUAAAAUAUUUUAUUAAUAAUAACUGGAAAAAUAUAAAUUUGAUUAAUGAAAAAUUAUUUUUGAAAAAUUUAAAGGAACUCGAAGAAAUACUAAAUUAUAAUUUUUUGCAUAUAUGUAAAAAUAAAUGUAAACAAUAUAAUAAGAAAAGAAAAAAUGAAAGACAUUUCUCUUAUCACGAUAAUUUUCUUAGUCAUUAUAUAAUCUAUAAAAAAAAUAAAUUUAUAAAACACAAUAAAAAUGUACAUAUCGAUGGUAAUCAUUAUGAUGCUCAUGAGAGUACUAACACAUGCGAUGAUGUGACAACAAGAGAAAAACAUAAUAAUAAAAAUAAUAAUAUGAAGUAUUGUCUAAAUAAAUAUCCAUAUGAUAAUAUGAACGAACCUUUGAAUUUAUCUUGUACAUGGUACGAAAAGAAAAUAGAAAAUAUAUACUGCCUAAAUAUACCAGGAUAUAAAUAUAAAUAUAAAUAUAUUUGCCCUUCAAUGAGCAAAAUGAAUGAUGAAAAAAUAAAAGAAUUAUAUAUACCAAAAGGACAUAUAUUAUUUAAUUCAAAAUUCGAAUCUGGAAAUUUAAAAUAUGUAAUAAAGGAAGAAAAUGACAAAGAAGUGUAUUCCUUAUUCCUUAAUCAGGAUAUACGAAUGAACGAGAAAAAAAACCAGUGGUUCUAUUUCAGUGCUAGUUAUGUUCCAAAUGAAUAUUAUACGAAUGAGUUAUAUAAAAUGAAAAUGUGUAAUAAAGAUAUUAAUCAUAUAGGGGAUAAUAUGAACGUUGUGUAUAAUUACAUGAACAGUACAGGUAAUAAUAUAAACAAUAUUGUAAAUAAUUUGGAUAGCACUGUAAAUUACAUGAACAGCGCAGGUGAUAAUAUAAACAAUAUUGUAAAUAAUUUGGAUAGCACUGUAAAUUACAUGAACAGUACAGGUGAUAAUAUAAAUGAUAUUGUAAAUAAUUUGGAUAGCACUGUAAAUUACAUGAACAGUACAGGUAAUUACCUAAAUAGAAAGAAUAAUAAUCACCUUGGCUAUACUAAUUGGAGGGGACAAAGGUGCAUGAAUCAAUAUUUGAAUGACAUAAAUAAUGACGAAAUAGAUACCAAUUUAGAUGGGAAUAGAAAAUAUUCGUUAGACGCAUGUGAUAAAUUUACUGUUAGAAAUGUAAGGAAGUUAGAGAAACCAUUUACUGUUAGAUUUAAAAUAGAAAAUAUGGCCAAGCCUUUUUUUUUAUAUAAAUAUGGUCAUUCGCCUUUAUCCUUUUCAGAAUGUAAGCAUAAAAUAGAGAAUAUACAAUGGGAAAGAAAUACAUAUGAUAUAAAAUAUAUAAAAAACAGUUCAUGUAAGCAUUAUAAUAUAAAAAAAAAUAGUAUGGAAUAUUAUAAUUAUAAUACGUAUACUUUAGAAUUUAGUUAUGAUUUUACGUAUGCAUAUGAUACAGUAUACUUUGCAAGUAGUUAUCCAUAUACGUAUUCUUAUUUGAAUGAAUAUUUAUGUUUGAUAAGAAGUUUGUUGAAGGAUCACCCUACAAUUAAUUAUAUAGAAGAAAGGUUGUGCAAAACAUCAUGUGGACUUGAUUGCCCAGUUUUAUGUAUAACAAAUUAUGAUAGGAUGGAAGAAUAUAAUAAAGAAGAAUUAAAAGAAAGUGUAGAAAAGAAAAAAAACAUUGUAGAAGUGAACAAUACAUGUGAUGGAAAAUUGGUUGAUGGAAUGGAUAUAAGUAGUAAUGCUAUAAGAAAGGAGAUUAAGAAGAAAAGGUAUAUAUUAACAAGUAAAAAAUUGGAUAAAAAUAAAGUGGUAAAUAAUUUAUUUGUUGAUAUGAAAAAUGGAUGUACAAGUGAAUGUACAGAAGGAUGUACAAGUGGAUGUACAAAAGGAUGUACAAAUGGAUGUACAAAAGGAUGUACAAGUGGAUGUACAAAUGGAUGUGCAAAUGGAUAUACAAAUGGAUAUACAAAUGAAUAUACAAAUGGAUAUACAAAUGAAUAUACAAAUGGAUAUACAAAUGAAUAUCCAAAUGAAUAUUCAAAUGAUAAUAUGUGUAAAGAAUGUUUAGAUAUAAAAAAUAUAUGUUAUCAAGAGGAAAAAGAAAAAUAUGAUAUAAUAAAAUAUAAUGAUGAUAAGGAUUAUUCUCAUAAUUGUUGUUAUGAAGAAUGUUAUGAUAUGAAAAGAGAAAAAAAUAAAUUUGUUUGCUGUUCAAGUGACAAAUGUAAUUCAUUUUUAAAUGAACAGAUAAAAAGACGAAGGAGUAUAAUUGGUUUGAAUAUUUUACGAAAUAGAAAAAAAUGUUGUAAAAAUAAAAUGUAUACAUCUAAUGAUUUUAUGAAGACUUUUGAGAGUUUAUUAAAAAAGGUUUAUGUUUGCAAAAGAGAGAAUAAGAAAAAUAAUGGAACGAAAAUAAUAAAAAGAUUUGAAGAGAAGUGUGAUAAUAAUUUGUUAUUUAAAAGAAAGGAUGAAAAAAGAAGUUUGUGCCCUUGUCCAAAAAAAAAGAGAAAAAAAAAAAAAAUAAUUGUGUUAACAGCUAGAGUACAUCCAGGAGAAACCAAUUCGAGUUAUGCAAUACAUGGAUUUAUUACAUUUAUUAUAUCUAAUAAUAUAUAUGCACAUAUAUUACGUGAGAAGUUUAUAUUUAUAAUAAUACCUAUGUUAAAUAUUGAUGGUGUUAUUCUGGGACAUAAUCGAUAUUGUUAUAAUGGUUUUGAUUUAAAUAGGCAAUGGUCUAAUCCGAUAGCAUAUAUUCAUCCUACAAUUUAUUCAGCAAAAUUGUUAAUGAAAAAUAUUAGUGAGAGUAAUAAGAUUAUAUUUUUCUGUGAUUUUCAUAGUCAUUCUCGAAAAUAUAAUUGUUUUAUAUUUGGAAAUGAGGGUAGUUAUAAUUAUGUAAAGAAUAAAAAAAUGUGUGAAGUUUUCCCAGAAAUAUUUUCUCACACAUUACCUUGGUUUGCUCUUGUUGACACUGUAUAUAAAGGAGAUAAUGAGAACAAGGGGAGCGCAAGAUUGAUUAGUGGUAAGGAGUUUUCCCUUGAUUGUAGUUAUACGUUUGAGAUUUCUUUGUUUGGUAUACAGAUAAGGAAGGAUUUUAAUAUAAUGUAUAAUGAGAAAAAGGAUAUAUUUUAUGUACAAAAUUAUUUUGAAGGGUAUCAAAAUAGGGGUGACAAUAUAAAAGGGGAUGAUAAUAUAAAAGGGGAUAAUAAUAUAAAAAGGGAUGAUAAUAUAAAAGGAGAUGGUAAUUUCCAGCGUGAUGAUAAUAUAAAAGGAGAUGGUAAUUUCCAGCGUGAUGAUAAUAUAAAAGGGGAUGGUAAUUUCCAGCGUGAUGAUAAUAUAAAAGGGGAUGGUAAUUUCCAACGUGAUGAUAUAUAUGACAAAAUGAAUAAGCAUUACAUUAAUAAUAAUUAUUAUUAUGAUAAGAAUAGCUAUGACUUUUUAUAUUUCGAUGAAAAUCUUUUAUUCAUGACGGGUGUUAGUUUUGGUAUAUGUCUUUUUAAGUUUAUUAAUUUUUUAUCAUAUCAUAAAUCUUCUAUAUAUAGAAGAACAUGUGAAGAAAAAGAGAAGGAGGAUAUUUCGACAGAAACGUGUAGUAUGUUAUGUGUAAAUAAUAAGGAUGAUGAAGAAGAAUGUAACGAAGCAAAGAAAGAAAACCAUCAUACUUUCAAGACAGGAAAUAGUUUGGAGUUUAAUAAAGAGGAAGAGCAUUUAUUAAGUGAUACUCAUCGUAUGGUAAAUACCUUUUUAUGUAAUAGUAUGAAUAAAAAUAAAAAGGAAUAUAAGAAUAUUUUAAAUAAGUAUGGUUUUAUAAAAUUGAAGAGUAGUAAAAAACAUAUUGAAGAGGUGAAGAGAAUAAGAAAGUUAAAAAAAAAAAAAUAUAUGGUAAAAGAGGUUUAUGAGUUAGGAAGAAAAAUAAAACAAAACAAAUAUUAUCAUAAUUAUCUGUUUGGUUUAUAUAAAGUAAAUAUUAAUGAUGUAAUACGUUUAUUAAAUAAGAUAAACAUGGAUGAUCAUAAUGGUAAGUAUAAAGGUCCUGGUUUUAAUAAUUCCUUGGAUAUGAAGAAAAAAAUACAAAAUAAAAAUGAAAGUAAAACUGAAAAUAAAAGUAAAAGUAAAAAUAAAAGUAAAAAUAAAAGUAAAAGUAAAAAUAAAAGUAAAAAUAAAAGUAAAAGUAAAAAUAAAAGUAAAAGUAAACGAAAAAAGGUUAUUGUUAUAUUGUAA